AUGAAUGGGGCUCAUUACGCCGGCACUGGGCGCUGCAGCCGUCAGUCCUCAGAGGCUGCGGGAGGAGGGCGGCGGGCAGGGGAGGGGCGGCGGGCAGGGCCGAGCGAGGGCUGCGGCGGACCGGCUGCAGCAGGGCUGCGGGAGCAGGGCAGGGAGGGGAGGGGUGCCGGCAGGGCCAGGGGGCUGCGGGAGGAGGCCCUGCCCCUGCACUCCGGGAAGGUCAGCCGCAGACACGUCCGCACCCGCUGCCCCUGCGCCGAGGAAGCAGAGAACGACACCGCGCAGCGCCGCGCCCCCGGCCCGCACAGCCCGGCGGCCCAAACGGAGCCCGCCCGGGCCUGCCCAACGGCCACCCAGGCCCGCGGCUGCUCCGCAGCCACCACGCAGCGCGGCGGAGCCCGAGGCCGGCCGCGGCGCACCCCGUCUCCGAGCGGGAACCCGGCGCGCGGUCCCGGCCGAGGGGCCAUGCCCUGCGCACGGGACAGGCCACCCAGCGCCCGUCGGCCGAGGGGCCGCCCCGGGCCGCGUCCCCACCUCGGUCUUCGGCCGGCCCCGGCCCCGGCGGUCACGGUCGCUCGGGCCCCACAGAGCCGGCGCCGCGGACACGCUCACGGCUCAGGCGACCCUCGCAGCGACAGCCGCGCGGGCCGGGCGGGAGGGCACCGGGUGCGUGAGGUCCGCCCUCGCCGCCUGGGGACGCGCGCCGCGGGGCUUCGUCGGGAGAAGCAGCUGCAGCUGCUCCAGUCGGCGCGGCCUCCCGGCCCCCGCCCCCGGCCAGCGGAGCGCGGCGCUGCUGCUGCCCGGACUCCGGGAGCCCGCGGGCUCGUCGGAGCGGGUCCGGCCGAGGCACGCGCGAGGGCGGCCGCUGCUCCUGCCCGGCGCCCCGCCGCCCCCGAGGCCGCCCCCGAGCCUGGCGGACCGGCCGCUCCGAGAGUCCCGACAAAGUCGGCGUCAUCUUGA